UAUUUUGAUAAUAGCCGGAUACUCAAGGCACGGGCCAAAAUUAACCAUGUAACCAUAAAUGCCGAUUACAAAAACGUCGAGCGUCAUUUUCGAUUAUGGGCAAUGUAAAAUCGAGAAAAUCGUCGGGCAAGCACACAUCCAGGGCCGAAAAAAUUUUCGAAAAUGCCGCGCGCCGCAGCUCGGCAACAGGUACUACCGUGAACGAUCAGGACUUUCGCGGCACGAGCAAGUCCCACUCGCGCCGGGAGCAGCGUCGCGAGCUGCUCGAGAGCUCGCUGCUGCGCACCACCAAUCCCUUCUUCGCGUUCUUUCUGAGGCUGCGCAACAAGCGGCCCGACGUGCCCGUCACCAAGAUCGCCCGCAUAGCCGGCCAGCGCUGGAAGACGAUGAGCGAGGCGCAGCGCAGCAAGUACAUCGAGAUCGCCAGCAAGGAGAAGGACCGGCGCGUCACGAGGCGCCAGCAGCGCAGCAACAAGGGCAAGAGGAAGUGCAACGGCAAGCGCAUCCUCAGCCUCGGCAAGGAUCCCGAGGCGGAUCGCGCGAGGCUCGUCAGGCCGAAGCCGCCGCCGCCGCUGCCCCUCGCCAACAAUUACAAAAAGCAGUCCGCUGCUGCUGCUGCUGCUGCUGCUGCUGCUACGAGCAAGGACAGGUCGAGGAGAACGACCAGGACGAGGACAAAAACGUCGUCGUCGAAUACGAGGAGGAGCACGACGACGGCGACUACGGGCAAGAGAAAAAUCGUAGGGGUACGUAAAAGGAGCCACCACAAAAAGCGACGAUAUCAUUAA